UCUCUUCAGUAUGUUUCCUGAAUUGCAGACACUCCAGUGGCCGAUCAUAAAGUAUAAGCAAUUGAGAGGAAGCGGUAAUCGACAAGAGGGCAAAGAUAUUCGCGUUGUUAUGGAGGUGAAUAGCAGGAAGCUGACGGUUAUUCAUGGAGUCGAGCCGAUCGAGACCGUUUAUUGUAACAUGGAAGUUUCUAGGUAUCCGAGUUUGAAAAUGAAGAACACAAAUUUGUUCGUGAUUGUAAACAACCAGGCUCAAGGUUUCCGAUUAACUCUUCGUGGCGAAGAUCGGGAGAAUUUUCUGUCAACUGUCAGAAAAUUUGCUUAUAUUUCGGAGACUCCAGUUAAGGAUCAUUUGAAUCGCUCAUCCACAAAUACCGAUGUGUGGUACAACAGUGUCGAGAAACGGAAGGGAGGAUCGUCAUCACAGCCGACAUCCUUCUCCCAACCAUGCGAUAUUGAUAUUGGUGGCUCGGUGAAGAAAUCCGCGGCAAGAAACUUAUCACAUACGUAUUCCACCAACAUUGGUGAAAGUUCCCGGAUGCCAGCACUCACAGCAAAUGAAUUCUUCUCACAGCCAGUCUACAAUCCUUACAAUAGGCCAGCGUCGAGUGCCAGCACUGUUAGUUCAUCGAUUGGCUCGGCUUACAGCGUUCUCCACGAUGAUUCACCAUUUUCUGGAUUUUCGCCAAAUUCGAACCAUUCUUUGCAAUUUCCGUGUCCCAGCCCAUCGCACAGUUCGUCAUUUUCCGGAUUUUCGCAGAGUUCAUCACACUCUUCUCAAUUGUCCUCCAGUCCCGCAAACGCACCUUCAUUUCCGGAUUUUCACAGCCCACCCUCUGCCAAUGAUAUCCAGAUAGAUCAACUCAAUCCGGUGACUGUGGCUCCUCAAAUCAAGCAAACUGCGGACAAAUGCGUUCAAACAGAUAAACAAUAUGUUGAUGAACGUUUCGACGAUCCUGCUUUCCUGAGGAGAUACAUAAAGAGAGUUAUGAGUGAUUCAAAAAUGGCGAGAUUGGUUGGAAUGAUGCGAUCUGAAAUUCGAAAACUUCCAAAUGACGAAUUUGAUGCAUUUUACAAAAAAGUCAAGGAUCACCAACGCACUGCUCCCAGCUCGUCAUCAAAAAUCGGUCCCCCAGCUAUCGUCCAACAAACUUCUGAUAUGGAAUUUUAGGCGAAUCACCUUCUGCACGAUCUUCUGUAUCAUCAUAUCAUGUUCAAUGCAAAAUAUUUCUAAAUUUCAUUUUCUCACGUGACAUUUUAUUGUUCUUUUUAUUGCUAAUAAAAGUUGGAAUAAUUUUA